AUGCUGUCGGGGAUUCUGAUAUUCAACCAGAAGGGCGAGAACCUGAUCUUCCGGGCCUUCCGCAACGACUGUCGGCCCCGUCUCGCCGACGUCUUUCGCAUCCAGGUCAUCUCGAACCCUCAAGUCCGUUCGCCCAUCUUGACUCUGGGCAGCACCACUUUCAGCCAUGUCAAGCACGAGAACAUAUAUCUGGUAGCCAUCACCAAGAGCAAUGCCAAUGCCGCGCUGGUCUUCGAGUUCCUCUACCGGCUGAUCCAGCUGGGACGGGGUUACUUUGGGAAGUUCGACGAGGAGGCAGUUAAGAACAACUUUGUGCUGGUUUACGAGCUUCUGGAUGAAAUCAUCGACUUCGGGUACCCCCAGAACACCGAGACCGACACGCUGAAGAUGUACAUUACUACUGAGGGCGUCAAAUCCGAGCGCGCAGCCGAAGACUCGGCCAAGAUCACCAUGCAAGCAACCGGUGCGCUUUCAUGGCGGAAAGCAGAUGUCAAAUACCGCAAGAACGAGGCUUUCGUAGAUGUCAUUGAGGACGUCAACCUCUUGAUGUCGGCUACAGGCACCGUUCUUCGCGCUGACGUUACCGGUCAGAUCAUAAUGCGCGCCUAUCUGUCCGGCACCCCCGAAUGCAAAUUCGGGCUCAACGACCGGCUCCUGCUCGACCAUGACGGCCUGCAGUCACUGCCCAGCGGCAACAGAUUGGGCACAAAAGCCACCAAAGCUGCUGCGGGCAGCGUGACUCUCGAGGACUGCCAGUUCCAUCAGUGCGUCAAACUAGGGAAAUUCGACAGCGACCGCAUCAUCAGCUUCGUACCCCCCGACGGUGAAUUCGAGCUGAUGCGCUACCGAGCCACUGAAAACGUCAACUUACCAUUCAAGGUUCACGCCAUCGUUAAUGAAGUUGGCAAGACCAAAGUGGAAUACAGCAUUGGUGUCAAGGCAAACUUCGGGAGCAAGUUGUUUGCGACGAACGUUGUCGUGCGCAUCCCCACGCCGCUCAACACAGCCCGCAUCACGGAACGCUGCACCCAGGGAAAGGCCAAGUAUGAGCCCAGUGAGAACAUUAUUGUGUGGAAGAUUGGGCGGUUCACGGGGCAGAGCGAAUAUGUCCUCAGUGCUGAGGCUGAGUUGACGAGCAUGACAAACCAGAAGACUUGGUCGAGGCCUCCUCUGAGCCUGAACUUCAGUCUGCUCAUGUUUACAAGUUCGGGGCUGUUGGUGAGGUACUUGAAGGUCUUCGAGAAGAGCAAUUACUCCAGUGUGAAGUGGGUGAGAUACAUGACUCGAGCAGGCUCAUAUGAGAUCAGGUUCUGA